AUGGAGUACGUCACAGAGACUUCUGUGGCACAGCAUGGACAACAGGCUGAUCCUCACCAUCCUAUUUGUGACCUGGCUGUCUGUGGGCACCUAUGGUCAAACUGCAGCACCAACCACAGCUGCACCAACUACUGCAGCACCAACCACAGCUGCACCAACCACAGCUGCACCAACCACAGCAGCACCAACCACAGCAGCACCAACCACAGCUGCACCAACUACUGCUGCACCAACAACAGCUGCACCAACUACUGCUGCACCAACCACAGCAGCGCCAACCACAGCUGCACCAACCACAGCUGCACCAACUACUGCUGCACCAACAACAGCUGCACCAACCACAGCAGCGCCAACCACAGUUGCACCAACUACCGCAGCACCAACAACAGCAGCAGCAACUACUGCAGCACCAACUACAGCAGCAACAAUGACUACAGCAGCAGCAAUGACUACUACAGCAGCAGCAACAACUACCGCAGCAGGAGCAACUACCGUAGCAGCAACUACUGCAGCAGCAACAAUGACUACAGCAGCAACAAUGACUACAGCAGCAGCAAUGACUACAGCAGCAACAAUGACUACAGCAGCAACAAUGACUACAGCAGCAGCAAUGACUACUACAGCAGCAGCAACAACUACCGCAGCAGGAGCAACUACCGUAGCAGCAACUACUGCAGCAGCAACAAUGACUACAGCAGCAACAAUGACUACAGCAGCAGCAAUGACUACAGCAGCAACAAUGACUACAGCAGCAGCAAUGACUACAGCAGCAACAAUGACUACAGCAGCAGCAGCAACUACCGCAGCAGGAACUACCGCAGCAGCAACUACCGCAGCAGCAACUACCGCAGCAGGAACUACCGUAGCAGGAACUACCGCAGCAGGAACUACAGCAGCAGCCCCACUGAUGACCAACACCACAGUGGAAGCUCUUGGGACACCUAUUUCUAGGGCAGGGUGUGGGACCCGACAGCUCUGUGCAUCCGAGCCUUCCACUUGUGACCCUUCCUCAACAAAUUGUUUCUUUCUUGCCGCCAAGCAAACGAGUGGUCAAAACUUUGAGUUUGGGCUUGCAGGACAGUCAAGCGG